GAAUGUUGGAGAGGAUCUUUCCCACCUUCCAAGUACUUACAUACUGUGGAAGUAAAGUGUAACAACAAGAAGUGCUAGUGUACACUGUUCAUACAACAAGGCUCCUGCAGCUUCAUAUUUAUUUUACUCGAGAACGCAGGAGAGCCUCGAGGACAUAUAGGAACCACAUCAAAAAAGAUGGUAGCUGCUAUCUCUGAUCCCAUGGAUGAGGAGGAGAUGCCGAAGGGCGCCCUCUGCUGCUGGAUUCCAGAUUCUCAGAUUGGUGCGUGCGGAUGUGACAAAUCCGUGAGUCCGGGACUCUGCUCGCGACUCAUUUGCGCCGAAUGCGUGUACGUGAAUUACGUGGGUCUCACGGUGUGCGGAGUUUUGAGUACAACUUCUACUUGUUCCACUAUCUUCUUUGUACUACUAUCUUUUGGUCACAUGGUGAGGAAGUAGUGAUAAUUGCAGCUGAUAUGUACAUCAACAUCAACUUCUAUCUAUCUACAGUGUUGAUUCCUGCCAGGCACGUCAAUCAAUCAAUCAAUCCAUCACAAUCAAUUACUCGAAAACUGAAAAUAUCCGAGUUAGUGGCUACUUACGUUCUUCUCUCGGUGCCUGUAUCCUAAUUUCAAGUAGUUACUCGGUUAUUUCAGUUUAUCGAAUACUGUAGUUACACAACGCACAUCAACAUCAACUAUCUAUCUUCGUCCACAGUGUUGAUUCUUUUCGAUAUGGCUGUACUGGGACUCUUUUGCAAUCGGAUUUACGUAGUCUGUUGUUGGAGCCCGAAACUUUGGGGCACUCAUUACCAUCGCAAAAUGAUCGCUGUCGGCGCACCGAUGAUGGCCCAUCCUGCAGCUGCUCCUGUCGUCGUGCAGCAGCAGCAACAGCAUCUGUAUGGGAACAAUUACGGGGCUGCUUAGUCGUAGAUCAGCAUCAGGAACAGGGGUACGAGUACAAUAUCAACUCAACUUAAGUUCUUUGUUGAGGAGUACGAGUACAAAACACUGUCCGACAUGUGAAGGAAAGAGCUCGACAGGUGGUGGAAAGUCGAAAGAAAUCAAAGAACACGAAGUUGUACUUCUAGAUAGAAGAACUUCUUUUAUUAAUUCGCAAGACGAAGACGAGGCAAGAAGAACACAAGAAAAUAAUAUGAAUAUGAAUGACCCGCAAGUAUAACUAGCCGAUUUUUAAUAAUUGAGGAUAAUAUAGACGCCGACGCGAUUGUAAGAAAUCGAAACGGCUGUACCGGUGGACUCGAUCAUGAGAACAAGCUUUUAUGGUGAAGAUAACCAAGUGAAUAAGAAUUGAUUCCUCGUUUCAAAAAUUCUAGUAGUCAAAAUUAUCUUUUUGGUAUGACAUGUGCUGAGCGCAAAUACGAACCCACAUACUUACAUGGCGCCAACAAGAAGCAGCUGCAGUAAGCAGAUGUCCUUAUACUUAUAAGCUUAGACAUUAACAAUAUCAUGAUCUAUCAUGUCAAACACGAGUAUCAUGAAGGUGAGAAAAUAUGUUGGCGCGCUAGUAAAACACCACGACUUGCUAGAAGUGGAUUUUGGUGCGGUCAUAUUUAGGUUUUGUAAGUAUAACUGUCAAACUACUACAUCUGCUAAUUAUUACAGCUUCGACGAAAAUAUCUAGAACUAGAUAGACAUUUUUCGACGAAAAUAUCUAGAUAGAUAUUUUUGCGUGACUACAGAAAAAAAGCGGUAGUUUUUCUAGAAGAUAAACCUUGUUCUUUUGGUGAUGAAAAAAGCAAGAAAACGGCCAGUCACUGAGCCCUCACUGAGCCCUCUGUCAUGUGAGAGGAGACUUAAUUAUUUAUAUGUCUGCUUGAACAAUCUGCUCAACAAGACAAGAUCAUGGGGGUGGGAAUAACAACGUUUCUUUCAUAUAUAUGCA